UUUCCUCUUGGUCAAAUCAAGCUUUUUGAGGCAAAGGUUGAAGAAGUCGAUAGAUCGUGCGAUUCUGAUGAAGAUUAUGAGGCUAGCGGUCGCAGUUUAUUAUCAACGCAUUACACUGUUGUUAUCCAUCCCAGAGAUCAAGGACCCACUUAUCUUCUUAUAGGAUCCAAACAUGAGAAGGACACGUGGCUUUAUCAUCUGACAGUUGCAGCUGGAAGUACCAAUGUAAAUGUUGGAUCUGAGUUUGAACAACUUAUUUGCAAAUUAUUAAAUAUGGAAGGUGAUACCACUUCUCAGAUUUGGAGACAUCCUACUCUUUGCCACAGCAAAGAAGGAAUCGCUUCCCCUCUUACAACAUUGCCAUCAGAAGCCUUGCAAACUGAAGCAAUUAAAUUAUUUAAGACCUGCCAGUUGUUUAUAAAUGCUGCAGUUGACUCUCCUGCCAUUGAUUACCAUGUAUCUUUGGCCCAAAGUGCUUUGCAGAUCUGCCUCACACAUCCUGAACUUCAAAAUGAGAUCUGUUGUCAGCUUAUUAAACAGACUAGACGUCGACAUCCACAAAACCAGGCAGGACCAAUACAGGGUUUGCAGCUCUUGGCUCUCUGCGUUGGACUCUUUCUGCCCCAGCAUCCAUUCCUUUGGCUUCUUAAACUUCAUUUAAAGAAGAACGCAGAUUCCAGGACUGAAUUUGGGAAAUAUGCAAUAUAUUGUCAGCGAUGUGUAGAGCGUACCCAGCAGAACGGAGACCGAGAAGCUAGACCUUCCAGAAUGGAAAUACUUUCCACUCUUCUAAGAAACCCCUACCACCAUUCACUGCCCUUCAGUAUUCCAGUUCAUUUCAUGAACGGUAUAUAUCAGGUUGUUGGGUUUGAUGCCUCUACCACAGUGGAGGAAUUUCUGAACACCCUGAACCAGGAUACAGGAAUGAGGAAACCAGCUCAGUCAGGAUUUGCACUGUUUUCUGAUGAUCCCUCUGGCAAGGAUAUAGAGCACUGUCUUCAAGGAAACAUCAAGAUCUGUGACAUUAUUUCAAAAUGGGAGCAAGCCUCCAAAGAACAACACCCUGGGAAAUGUGAAGGCACAAGGACUGUCCGCCUUACUUACAAAAAUAGGCUUUAUUUUUCGGUUCAAGUCCAUGGGGAGACAGAGAGAGAGAAGCUGCUGCUAGUAUAUCAGACAAAUGAUCAAAUAGUCAAUGGACUUUUCCCCGUGAACAAAGAACUAGCGAUGGAAUUGACAGCUCUUUUAGCUCAGGUGGAGAUUGGAGAUUUUGAACGGCCUUUCUCAACUCCAGCAGGGCAAGUCACUUCCCAGUCCAAGUCCAAUCAAACAUUAAAACAAGUUUUGGAGAGAUUCUACCCUAAGAGAUACAGACAUGGUUGUUCAGAGGAACAGUUAAGACAGCUUUGUCAGCGAUUGUCUACAAGAUGGAUGGCUCUCCGGGGGCACAGUGCUGCAGACUGUGUGCGCAUUUAUCUCACUGUAGCCAGAAAAUGGUCUUUCUUUGGUGCUAAAUUGUUUGCAGCAAAACCUCUAGCAACAUCCUCAGUUGAGAAAUCCUUCAUAUGGUUUGCUGUACAUGAAGAUGGCAUAAGCAUCCUAGAUUACAGCUCUAUGCGAUUAACAGUUACGUAUACAUAUAAGAGUCUGAUGACUUUCGGAGGCUAUCAAGAUGAUUUUAUGUUGGUUGUUAACAAUGCUCAGACAAAGGACAAAUCAGCUGAAAAACACCUUUUUGCCAUGACAAAACCAAAGAUUCUUGAGAUCACUCUACUGAUUGCCAGCUAUAUUAACAACUUUCAUCAGCUGAAAGGAGCUGCUCAUCACCUCUCUGCCCCAGCGUUACUAGCACCUCAAAGUGGACAGAAACUCAAGGAAUCGGGGAGUCAGCCACUUCUUGCAAACAACAGACCAACUAAAUGUCCCACUUUGUUAUGAAAGGAUUAUGUAUCGUGAUAAUCCAUCUUUGUUACAGGGUUUCUACACUGAUUGAAAACUUUUUGAUGUACAAGACAGGAAGCAUAAGCAGGUCCAUAAACAAAAGAAAGGCAGACAGGUUUACAUU